UAAAAAUGUGAUAGUGAUGUAUACACUAUUUUCGUAUUAGAUCGAGUGUAGGACGUCAUUAAGUGUUUUGAUGAUCAAUUCGACGACCUUGGACUAAACUGACCAAUUGAAAAUGAAGCUCAUUUAUAAUACGAUUAACAGAUUUUAUUUCAUUCUGCAACAAAUCUCAAAGCAAGUGUGACAUUUUGUUCGAACGAUCGAGCUAUUCUACGUCUCAUAUAUUCUUACAUGUAUCUAUAGAUAUAAGAAGUGGAAAAAUCGCUACGAAAGUCUCGUAAAUCGACCAUUGGUGCUCCAUUCUUAUUCUUCUUCCUACGUGAAAGUCGUACUACGUGCGUGUGCCUGUGAAUUUCUCUUCUUCAUUAUUCCUUUAUUCCUUUAAUAUUUUUCUUCUCACUUUAUAUACAUCCUGCAUACUUGAACAUUUAACUGUGACAGAUUUAUAUUUAGCAAACUCUCAUUCGUAUAAUGAACGAAGUAACGAAUCAAGAUGAAAUACAUAUGACAACGCAUGAACUUAUUGCACAUCACGGUUAUAUACCUGAAACCCAUAAUAUUUGGACUGAGGAUGAUUAUUGUCUUACUAUACAUAGAAUUAUAGCACCUGAUACGACUAAUGUAUAUUCAACAAAUACCUAUGCCACAUCGAAUGAGGAACAAGUUAUUAUUGACAGCUUAGAAAAAUCGACUGAAUCGAAUCUGAAAUCAAUCCGUCCAGAAUAUAGACAAUUAUCAAAACCACCUGUUAUAAUAAAUCAUGGAGCUCUUUCAAGUUCAGCAGAUUGGGUUUUACUUGGACCACAAAAAGCUCUUGGAUAUAUUGUGUGCGAAGCUGGAUAUGAUGUGUGGCUUGUAAAUGCACGUGGUAAUAAAUAUUCUAGAAAGCAUAAAAUUUAUACACCAAAGGAUAAGAAGUUCUGGGAUUUCAGUUGGCACGAGAUAGGUUAUUAUGAUAUACCAGCGAUAAUAGAUUAUGUUUUGGAAAAAACUGGCCAUUCAGAAGUGUCUUAUAUCGGAUACAGCCAAGGAACAACUACAUUUUUUGUAAUGGGAAGCGAACGACCAGAAUAUAAUGCCAAAGUUAAAGUAAUGAUCAGUUUAGCUCCAAUAGCUUUUAUAUCUAAUCAACGAAGUCCUUUAUUGAAAUGUGUCGUACAUUUCUAUAAUUUGAUAGAGUGGGGUUCUUCCUAUUGCAAUAUAAAUCAGUGGUUCCCUCACAAUAAGCUACAAGCACGUGCUUUUGGUACAAUUCUUCGCAAUGCUCCUAGUGCAUUAACAAAUGGUGUUUGUAACUGUUGGUUUAAUUUAAUUGCCGGAUUUGGUAGUAAUCAGCUUGAUAAACAUAUGUUACCUCUUAUAUUUGGACACUUUCCAGCUGGUGCAUCAGCCAAACAGGUGGUUCAUUACAGUCAAACCAUUUUAUCAGGAUUAUUUAGAAACUUUGAUUAUGGGGUUACCCAAAAUUUAAAAAUAUAUGGUUCUACUCAACCACCAAAAUAUAAUUUAGAAAAAGUGAAGGUUCCAGUGGCUGUUUUUUAUGGAGAAAAUGAUUUUUUGACACAUUCUUUGGAUAUACAGAAAACUAUAAACAAAUUACCUAAUGUAAUAGAGACAAAGAAAAUAGAAUACAUAAAGUUUAAUCAUAUCGACUUUCUAUGGGGAAGAGAUGCUAAAACACUCGUAUAUAAUAAAGUUGUAGCAGUAUUAAAACGAUUUUAAAGAUAUUUAUAAGUGUUGAUAUUCAGAAAAUUAUAUACAUAUAUAUAUAGAAAUUUUCUACUUCAAGUAGUAAUAAUUGCGAAGAGAAAUAUAUAUAUGUGUAUGUGUAUGCGUGUAUGUAUGUAUGUAUGUAUGUAUGUAUGUAUGUAUGUAUGUAUAUGUAUAUAAAUGUAAAUAUAUAGAUAUUGUUUAUAAAUAUAUUAAAAAUGACAUGUUUUUAUACAAUUGAUAUCAUAGAAAGUAUUAAAUAUAAUGUGCUUCCAUGAAAUCAUAUUUUAUAUAUAUGUAUCUUCAUAUUCUAUGAUAUUUUUAUUGUAAUCAAUAUGUCUUUUGAUAUUUUUAUUGUAAUCAAUGUUUUUUGUUAUUUUAUAUCAAUAAAAAUAUGCAGAAUACAAUCAGACAACUAAA